AUGGCUGCCCCGGACAUCCCCCGCAAUACGCAAUGGCAUGAAGCUUACCCCGCUCCCAUGUCCAAGGUUGACGCACUGCCCCGCCAGGAGCUGUUGCGCUGGUUGAGGGAGGGGAAGCAGGCUGGCAGGGAUUUUGUUUUGGUGGAUGUACGGCGUAAUGACUUCGAGGGCGGCACUAUUCGUGGUUCGUUGAAUCUGCCGUGUCAGAGUCUGUAUCCUACGCGCCCAGCGCUGUACACUCUUUUGAAGAGUGGUGGCGUUGAGAAUGUUAUUUGGUAUUGUGGUUCUUGUGGAGGUCGGGGUCCGAGGGCUGCCGCGUGGUUCGCGGACUACUUGGUGGAAAAGCGGGACUCAACUAUGAAGAGUAUGAUACUUGAAGGGGGCAUUAAAGGAUGGGCUGCCGCUGGGCCAGAGUAUACUGAAUUGAUGGAUGAAUAUGAUGCCAGCGUGUGGGCCAAGUCAUAG